UGCCUCUUCUCUAUGAGGAAACUCUUCGAUGGUGUCGCGGCCUCUCCACUGUCGCAGCUGAGCGCCGAGUUCAUUUCAAAACUCACCAGUCAAGAGACAUUUUCUGUUCUCCGGUCGUCUUGUUUCCUUCUCUUCUUCCUCUCUGUUCGUCUCGUUUCCUUCUCUUCUUCCUCUCCGUUCAUCUCGUUUCCUUCUCUUCUUCCUCUCCGUUCAUCUCGUUUCCUUCUCUUCUUCCUCUCCGUUCAUCUCGUUUCCUUCUCUUCUUCCUCUUCUGCCCUCUCUCUGCUCCGCGCGUCUCUCGCUUCUUCCUGGGUUUCCCCUGCGUGUCUUCUUUCGCUUCCAGCUUUUUUCUCCACCGCUCUCGUCUCGUCCUGUCUCCCUCCCGGUCUCCUUGUGACCGGAGAGAGAAGAAGCAAGGAGAGGAGAACGACAUUUCAUGGAGAAAGGGGAUUCUGAAGAGAAGACAGCGCCAACGCGCAGAUCUCGAGAAAAGAGAGAAGCGAAAAAGCCUCUUUUUCUAAAUUUCAAACAAAACUCGCGUGCUUGUGUGGCAUUAAGUUGCGAAUGGACGAGCCUUCAAGAGAUUUUUUAUUUAUCGCAGCUCCGGUCCACAAGCCCCCAUGACUCUGUCUACGGCACAAGGUUCUAGUCGCUGUUCUCUCUGAGGUCAAAAGCAGAGGAGGAGGCUACUUGCAACUGGAAGAGAGGACGAAGAGCGGAUUGGAAACGGAGGACGUCUCGAUCUGCGCUCUCUUGUAGACCUUCUUUGUCUCUGGUUCUCUCCACUCUCCUCGACUUUUCGUCCUCCCUGCAGAACGGAUGGCCCAUCGACCCGCGGGGACUGGUGGACGCGAUGCGACGGCGUAUCCUUCGGUUGAAGAAGUUCUGCAGGAACUCGAGGGAAAUGGAACAGACGCGGCGGCUGAGGAAGACCUCUACGGGCAGUACGCCUGGGAGUGUGAGGCCGAGAGGUCUUGGGAUCAGCUCAUCGAGAGCUCUGAGGGAUUCGUGUUGCUGCACGGCGGCGCCGCCGAGGAGGGCGUGAAGACGCGGCGCAUCGACCGCCGCCAGCAGCACGAGCCUCAAAUCAAAAAAGGCAUCAUUCGAAGUCUCGUUCUGCUCAUCGACAUGUCCGAAGCGAUGCGCGAAAAAGAUUUCCGCCCUGAUCGCCUGAGAUGCGUCUGCCAACUUGCGGAGGAAUUUAUUGGUACGUUUUUACUGCAGAAUCCCCUUGCACAACUUGCGCAAGUGGCUCUGAUUGGGCCUUCUGCAGAGCCUUUGGCUGCGCGCGGGGAGGCGGCAAGAGACUCUGCUGCGGUCUCCGCUAGGCCGUCGGGGAGUGCCUCCAUGCAACUUUUCAGCAGCAGCGCUUCCGAGUCCAUCGCCGCUCUCCGAGAAAAAAGGAAACACCCGGGAGUCGGCACCGGCGUUCCUUCCCUCAACAAUGGCCUUCACCUGGCGAAAGACCUCCUCGCCGGCGUGCCACCCUACUGCACUCGCGAGGUCCUCGUUCUGUUCGGCUCUCUGCGAACCUGCGAUGUUGGGUGCAUCGAGGAGACCAUCGCCGCCGUGAAGAAGAGCAACAUUUGCUGCAACGUCAUCUGCCUCGCUGCGGAGCUCCACGUGCUCAAGAAUCUCUGCCAGGCAACGGGAGGUCGACACGAUGUGCCUCUUCACCGCGAGCAUCUGCGCGCUCUUCUCAUGCAACACACUCUCCCGCCAGCUUGGUCUGCCAGCAUGCAGCCUUGUCUCAUCCGCAUGGGAUUUCCUUCGCUGAAGUCGACGAGCACGGCGGCCCUCUGCAGUUGUCACCAACACCUCACUUUCUCCUCCUACGUUUGCCCCCAGUGCGGCGCGAAGCUCUGCACCACCCCCAACCGCUGUCGAUGCUGCUUUCUGCACCUCGUCUCGCCGGCCGACAUCUCGCGGUCGUUCCAUAGCCUCUGUCCGCCUCUGCCGUUCGACCCAGUCCCUGCCGACGCUCCGGAGGCGAAGCGCCUGUGCGCGUGCUGUACCACGCAGCUCGAUCGUGGUGGCGCGCAGUGUCCAGACUGUGGGGAGAUUUUCUGCCACGAUUGCGACAUAUACUCUCACGAGCAGCUGCGGCAGUGUGCCUUCUGCGUCAUGCGGGAUAUCACGACCUUGGAAGAGGAGGAACCUUCCGACUCUGCUGCUGUGCUCUCUGGAGCGAAACAAGACAACAACGCAGGUGGCGCUGCUCCUCCGGUCUCGCGUUCCCCGCACCAGGGGACGUAGAGCGGUUUCCCGGCUUCUUUUCUCCAGAGAGAAAACAGUGGAUCUUGGACGUCGCCGUCUCCUCUCCGCCAACCUUCGCGGGUGAGCUGUGGCGACGCGCAAGUCCUGAGAGUCGCGUUGCGUGUCUCUGAGUUUUUUUCGACUGCGCUUACUCGAGAAUCCUUCUCCGGCAGACUGGUCUUCUCCACAACACAGGCAAACUGUGUGUGUUUGAGGGCGGUGUGGAGCGCCGCGCAGUGGGCGCAAGUCAGUUUCGCGGAGGUCCACUGACUGAUGACUUCCUUGUGCGUUUCGAAGCCAGUGGCGUCCUCGCGCUGCCUACGCAGGUCCUCUGCCUGUGUGUAUGUAUCUCCUCGUCUUCUGUGUGGCGCUUCGGGGAAGUUUCCUGGCGGUCGCCAAGUUUUUCGUUGUCUCUUUCGAGAAGGAUCUGACUCGAAGCGCACCCGUGACGCGGCGGUGGGGGCAAGGGGGGGGGGGGUCGAGAGUUCGUUCACAACUCUCAAAAAAAGAUUUCGUCUUUGCCCACGCGCUGCCAGCUGGGAGACCGAGGAGACGUUCGAGGAUUCGAUGCUGGGAUAAAAAUCCACUUUCAGUAGUCGGAAACAGAGUCAACAGGCAGAGAGCAUUUGAAAGCCAACACAUGUUUUCUGAAGUGCACGUGCUCCGAAUAUAAGCCGAGACGACAAACUGCGUUUUUCAAAACAUUCACGGCGAGACCAAGAAGUCGCUUUUUUCCUCAAGUCGUGUCGGUCAAGCCGAGAGAAGACCCGCCGAUUCGCUGCUCGAUUUUGCGUCCUGAUGAGCCCGAGCGGCGUUGACAGAGUCCAAUCUCGAGUGCUCAGAGGGGCAAGCACAGAACAGGAAGAAAGUGGGGAGAAAGAGGUCGCAGGAGCUUCCAGAAAGCGUCCUUUCCCCGGAGGUUUGCUGUGGUCAGAUGUAGGCAAAAACAACGCGUUGCAGAAAGAGACUGAGAGCUUGAGUUCUGACCCUUUCCACGCUCAGUUUUGCCGUGUUGCCGUGCAUGCAAAGCCUUAGCCGUAACUAGAGCUUUUUCAGUCCCCAGAAAGCGCUGCGGUCAUUUUCGGUCCAGAGAAACCUUUUUCCCCUGUUCCGAGGAGGGUGCGGGAAGUCCUCGUCUCGGAGACAGGCUUCUCGGCAAGUUGUUCUGGAGAGGCCGUAGCCACUGCGAGGGCGACUCCAAUUGUAGACGACCGUCUGGGCGUGUGACUCACUGUAAACUCCCUCAUCGGUCGGAAGUAAAGUCG